AUGACCAGUCAAUCAAAUACAAGCUUAGCCAAGAUACAACAAGAAAAAAGAAAAUUACAAAAAGUGAAAACUUCCCAAGAAGAUUCUAAUAAAUCAGAGUUGGAAAAAUACAAGCAGCUUUAUCUAAAAGAACUAAAUGUUAGAAAGUUAUUGUCAGAGAAAGUAAACAAGACUGAUGAGCAUCUAGCAGAGAUCAGCACCAAAUUUCUCAUGGAGAAACAACAGAACAGAUAUUUAGUCAGCACUCUUCCUACGAGGUCAGUCCUGGAGCCAUCUUGUGUUGGAAAUCUUAAUAAUCAUUUAGUGCUCAACAGAAAUCUUAUUCCAAGAGCAAAUUUAGUAAUUCCUUCCUCAAGCCCACAGCCUUCAAAUAGCAGCAUGGAGACCUACUUGACCAAGAUGCAGCAGCAGUUGGAAAAGAAUGUAGCUAGAGAACUACAAGCAGCUGCUGUUGAGCUUGAAUCUGGAUGCUGUAGAGCUUCUCCUCUAGGAUCUACCAAUGAGUCAAAUCUAAAUCAAGAUCUAGUUUUAAAAACAUUGCAAGUAUAUGUACCAAUUUUAAAGAGAAAGUUUAUGAUCUGA